AUCAAACCACUAGCGACCGUAAAACAUUCCAAAUGCUUCGCUGAAGUCAAAUCUUAUCGCAGCAGAGCAGUCGCGUUCCACAUCGCAUUCCGUACGAAUCGCAACCGCAAAUUGGAUAGAUCCGCAAAAUGUCGGCGACGCACCUGGUUAUUCUAGCCGUCGCCCUGCUGGUGGACUUCGCAUCCGCGGGCGUUCCCCUUCCGCGAUAUGAGGCGCUCCUCAAGGAACAGUCCGCUCCAUCGGAUCCCUCACUGGGUCUCUACGAUGACGGCGAUAAGGUUGUCCGCCUGACGGUGAACAACUUCAAUUCCACCGUGGUGGACCAGAAUCGCGGAGCACUCGUCGAGUUCUACAACACGUACUGCGGCCAUUGUCGCCGAUUCGCACCCACGUACAAGGCGGUAGCGGAGCACCUGUUGCCCUGGUCCGAGGUGCUCAUCGUGGCGGCCAUCGAUUGCGCCGCCGAGGAGAACAAUGGCGUCUGCCGCAACUACGAGGUGAUGGGCUAUCCAACGCUGCGUUACCUGGGCCCCGGUUUCCAGCCGGGUCCUCAGCACUACGGCCAGAGUCUGCAAACGCAGGAUAUAAACGAGAUCCGCGAAAUACUGGCAGGUAUGGUGGCCGCUGAGAACCUGACCAGCAGCCACAACAACUCCUACUGGCCAAACUUUCACUCCCUAACGGAGAACGAUUCCGCCAGCAGUUUGUUCGAAGGUCUCAGCAGCGUCACGCAGUACGUGGCAGUAGUCCACGAACCGGAGAACACCACUGUAGGCGUCGAGUUGGCUCUGUUCAUGACCCAGUGGCCAACGGUGAGCGUCCGUCGCGUCAUCGAUCCUGCAGUGGCCGCCAAGUUCAAGAUUAACACGAGCAAUCUGCCCCUCAGCUUGGUGGAUCGCAAGGGCGAGAUUACGGCGUACGCGCCAGAAUCUACCAAUGGUGAAUCUUAUGCCAAGAAGCUGUCCGAAGUGCUGGGUAAGAAGAAUAUCACUCCCAGGCCAGUAAAGGUGCACCAACCAUCGGCUACGCCGGCGACCAAGAUUACGGGACAGAACGAAUUGAUCGACGAAGUGCACCGGAACAAGCACUUCGUCUACCAGGCGGAUCUUGAGCAGGCCAUUCGCACAGUGCUCCACAACGAGGUGUCCAAGGUGGGCGAGAUCAGUGGCGAGAAACUGCUCGCCCUGCAGCGAUUCCUGGCCGUGCUGCAGCGCUACAAUCCGCUGGGUGCCAAUGGCCACCAGCUGGUGUCAAAGCUGAAGGACUUCGUGGUACAGUUUAAUGAUCAAGUGUCGGGCAGACAGUUCGAGGAGGAGCUAAAACGUCUGGAGGCCCACCUCUCGCCCGUCUACUCCUCCACCCACUUUGUGGGAUGCGCUGGAUCCAGUCCUCGCCUGCGCGGCUUCAGCUGCUCCCUGUGGACGCUCUUCCACUUCAUGACCGUGCAGGCGGCCAACAACGAGGAGUCCCAGGAUCCGCUGGAGGUUCUGCAGGCCAUGCACGGCUACAUCAAGAACUUCUUUGGCUGCACUGAGUGCUCCGAGCACUUUCAGGCGAUGGCAUCGAGGCGAAAAAUCUGGAGUGUGCCGAACAAAGAGGAAGCGGUUCUGUGGCUUUGGGCAGCCCACAACGAGGUGAACCAGCGACUGGCGGGCGACGCCACCGAGGAUCCAGAGUUCCCCAAGAAGCAGUUCCCAGCUCCGGAUAGCUGUAGCGAAUGCUACCGUACGCCCGGCUCCAAGUCGGAGAACUUAGAGAUCGAGUGGAACAAGGACGCCGUGUUGGGCUUCCUCAAGAACAUACACAAUCCGCAGUUCAUCAGCCGGUACGGUGUGCAGCGGGAGGAGCUGCUGCACCCAACGGCGGACAAGAUGCGGCAGAAGCGACAGAUCUCAAGCGUGUUUACAGACAUGGAUAUGCGGAUGGGCAUGCUGCUGUACGCCUUCUGCAUUGUGAUGAUGGUGUUGGCAUUUAAAUUGUUCGCCUUCAAGGGAUACCGCAAGAAGCCCUAUGGCCACGACCUUCUGGGCAAGGUGUAGGUUAAUCCACAGAAAAGCUUCCCCUAAUUCUAAACAACAAACAAAAGACACCGAACAUCCAGAAACGGAAUUUAACACGCCACAUCCUUGCAUGUUUUGUAUUCGUGGCAUUUAGAGUUAUAAUUAAGUUAAAAGUGUGUAUAUAUGAACAGUCUUCUGCCAGUUGUAACCCCUAACAUAAUCGCUUUUUACCACGACGAUGCACCUGAUUGCUUUAUUUUUUAGGCAUGCAAAUGUGAUUUUUCCCUCCAGAAGUGACAGUUUGAAUAAAAACGAUCAAUGCUA